CCCUGGCAAAAAAUUCAAAGAAUUGGUGUUAUGGUCUCAGUCUCGCUGAGUGCAACAGAUAUAUGCUUACUCACCAGAUCCAUUGUGACGUCACAUUCAGAGUUGGAAAAGAGGGUAAACUUGUACUCGCCCAUAAGUAUGUUCUGUCCAGCAGAAGUCCAGUCUUUGAUGCCAUGGUGUAUGGCGACCUGGCGGAAUCGGACGACAUCAGAGUUCCAGACAUCGAGCCGUCUUCAUUUGAUGCGCUGUUACGAUUUCUGUAUUGUGAUGACGUCAGCUUUACCCCGGAUACAGUAACCUCUGUGUUGUAUGCCGCAGACAAAUACGGAGUUGAUGAUUUGGUGACAACAAUAAAAUCAUACCUGGAUCAAAAUAUUACCAACGAAACUGUUCUUACAAUUUUAGAAAGUGCAAAAUUAUUUAACCUUGAAGAUCUUCUUAAAAAGUGCAAGAAUUUCAUUGAAUCAGAUCCUUUUACUGUCUUCCAAUCCUCCUCUGCUUUAGAGAUAACGAAAGAAACCCUUACAUACAUUAUCUCCCUUGAUUCUCUGGUAAUGGAUGAGCUGGAGAUUUAUCAGUUUCUCAUAAAUGGGCUGAAGAUCAGUGUGAUAGAGUGGGAAUAGAAAAAAACUGAUCAGAAUAUCCGAGCUAUGAUGGGGGACCUGAUUUAUCUAAUCCGCUUUCCUCUCAUGAAUUUAGACAUCUUUGUUAAAGAUGUGUGCAAUCGGGAAAUACUGAAUGUUCAAGAGCAAUUGGCUUUAAAGCAAGCGAUUGUCGGUAAUAUGGAUAAAAAGAAUACAAAAUUUCAAUUCGUAGAACGAAAAAGUAAAACAUUUUGCGUUUUACGUGGAGAUUGUCGCCAUAUGAUCGGUAGUUGGUCAUAUAGUAGAUUAACAGAUUGUAUAGAAUUCACAGUGAACAAGACUGUUAGAAUCCGUGGCUUCGUUAUGUGGGGUGGAAGGUCUAUUCCCUACACAUACAAGAUACAAGGAAAGCUAUUUGCGAACUCCGAGGAAGUAUCAACUGUACAUGUUCAAACAAUAGAGAAAAGAGAAUCCUCCGAUAUAAAAUUCACUAUACCAUUACCGGAACCGGUGCGUUUAGUCCCUGGUGUGAGAUACAGAACCUGGGUACGUCUAGAGGGACCAGAGAGCUGGAGAGGUCAAAAUUACAGAUCGUCCGUCACAGAACAUGGUGUUGAAUUCGUCUGGGUACGUCUAGAGGGACCAGAGAGCUGGAGAGGUCAAAAUUACAGAUCGUCCGUCACAGAUCAUGGUGUUGAAUUCGUCUUUUAUACACAUAUCGGAGAAAAUAAUGCAACUUCAUCUGAUGAAGGACAGUUCCCCGGAUUUGUCUGUUCUUUGUAAACAAUCGAAAUGUACAACGUCCAUUAAUAUCAAGUUAACGACUUUUUGAAAUUCACAACGGUAACAGUCAGGGC